AUGAAAAUCAGUGCUACAAUACCAAUUCCAGCCACAUCUCCAAUUACGAUUCCCAGGAUUGUUCCAGUUCUAAGCCUACUUUUUUAUCCUUCUUGUGGAUUUGAGGUGGCACCGUUGCCUGGUGAAGCAGUUGCAGGAGUUGAGUCUAUGGGCUUGGGUAUGGCGGCGAUUGCUGGUGGUGCAGAAUCAUGUGGCAAAGUUGCAAUUGAAGAUCGCAUUGGCUACGGAUUAUUCAGUGGCUUCCCACAUAAUUCAGGAUUGCUGGAGUAUGAUUUUGCAUCUUGGUUAGAGAAAAAAUUGGACUCUGGAAUUGGACCGGUCAAAUUGUUGAAUGAAAGAUCNAUCGCAUGA